AACUGUAUCGUUUUUUUCUCUACCCGGCAUGUAAAUAUUACUAUGUUGCGCUUUGCAUAGAUAACGCUAACUUAGAUUUAAUGUUCAGAACAGCUCAUUUAGAUGUGGCCGAACCGUGCAGCACUUUAAUAUUAGCUGAAAGCUUGCUUUCGAGUGGCUAAAGCGUGUGUCCUGGUAUGAAACUGUCUGGAUUGAUCGGCUGAGAUGCUGUCCACCGGUCCAGACCUGCGGCUACUGCUGCUAUUGUCUUGUGUAACUCUUGUUUUACUUUUUCAAGUCACCAACGCCAAAAGGGAUUUAAAAAGCGCCUGUUCUACUUGUCAGCAAAUAACUGAUAACUUCAACAAGGGCUUUGACAGAACAGUGAAGCAGAACUUUGGCGGAGGCAACACAGCCUGGGAGGAGAGAAAACUGUCUAAGUAUGAGACAAGCGAGAUCCGUCUGAUGGAGAUCGUGGAGGGGCUGUGUGACAGCAGCAGCUUUGAGUGCAACCGCAUGGUAGAGGAGCACGAGGAGCAUUUUGAAACUUGGUGGUUCAAGAGGAAAACAAAACAUCCUGAUCUGCACAAAUGGUUCUGCAUUGAAACAAUCAAAGUGUGCUGUCCAAAGGGAACAUUUGGAAAGGAUUGCAAUGCCUGUGUUGGGGGCUCUGACAGACCUUGUCAUGGAAACGGAAUGUGCGAUGGCGACGGGACUCGCGGAGGGAACGGAAAGUGCAGCUGUAACCACGCUUAUAAGGGGGAGUUCUGCCUAGACUGCACUGACGGCUACUUUAGCGAAGUGAGGAACGACACCUUCUCCCUGUGCACAGAAUGCCACUCGUCCUGCAAAACCUGUGAUGGAGCAACCAAUCAGGACUGUGAUGAGUGCAAAGAAGGAUGGGAGGAGGAUGACCAGGAGGCCUGUGUUGAUGUAAAUGAGUGCUCCAAAGACUCUUCUCCAUGUAAAGAAGAUCAAUACUGCCUUAACACGGACGGCUCCUACUCCUGCAACGCCUGUGACAGCGUGUGCUCCGGCUGCACUGGAGCCGGUGCCGACAAGUGCCAGGCUUGUGCCAGCGGGUACCAGGACGCAGAGGGCACCUGCACAGAUGUCGAUGAGUGUUCCCAGGCAGAGGCCGUAUGCACUGAGGAGCACCAGGAGUGCAUCAACACUAAAGGAAGCUAUGAGUGUAUCUGCUCGAGUGGCUAUGAGGAGCAAGACGGCAAGUGUGUCCAAAUGCUGCAGCCAGAAAAAGAGGAGGAGUCAGAAGCAUCUGAGACGACCACAAGUCCACACAAAGAGCUUUGAUGUAAAAACUGUGGCCGAACUCUGGAAGAUCAGUUUGAAUUUCUGCACAUCUGAAGCCGCUCAUUUUAAAAUUGUCAACAACAUGCACUUAAUGUACCAGCUGCCCUUAGGACAACAAAAGCUGCCCCAGCAGUGGAUCAUGGACUGAAGGACUAAGAAGAGAGAUAUUGUAUGCUCUCAGUAUGCUGAACAUUGUUGCUUUUCUCUGGUGUGCUCAAGCUACCACUUGAUGUCUUUAUUUGUUGUAUGGUUUUAAAAAUCUGGUGUUUCAAUAAAGAUGAAUCAUGUUAAA